AUGAGUUCUAAAAAAUUUGAUAAAGAUGGAACAAGAAUAGGGGUUACCAUUGAAGUAGUAAAUAUUGGAGGUCGUAAUGCAAACAACUAUGACAGUGAAGGCAUCCAAGAAGAACAAGGAAAUACAAAAUCUUAAAAUAUUAGAAGAAGCUAAAUUAUAUUAGAAAAUUUGUAAACUCCUCUUACUCUAAAAAUCGAGGAAACAAAUCCAGUCGAUUAUUAGCAGUAGCAGCAUCAUUUACUUAAAAUGCCUGAAAUGGGAGGAAACUAGGACAGGUAUUUGAAAAUGCAUUCAUUGAGCAAGCUAUCAUCAGCUUCAUUAUUGGAUAGCUCUUAUGGAGAUUCUUUCAAUGCAGAUAUUAUGGGUAGCGCUGCGAAUCUAUUUGAUUAAGCGCAAGAAUUAAAAGCAGUCCCUCUGCUGAUAGACAAUGAUCCCAUUACCUAAAAAAAGCAAAGAAUUAGCAGAUUAUAAAGGUAGAACAAACUUUUUGGCUGUCUACCCAAGAUGUUUCAACUCGAACUUAAGAGAAAUGUGACAUAAAUGACUCUCGUAACAUGCUUUGUUUAUGACUUUGUGAUCUUUCUGAUUUUAGCGAUCAAUUUGAAUUUUGGAUAGCAGGGGCUACUGCAGCAGACCGAGCUUUCAUUAGCAUUUAGCUGUCUUAUGUUUGGAUUUAUGUUUGAUCUACUUGGCAGAAAGUAAAUAUUCACUAUGAGAGUCUGCGUCACUAGUAUAGCAACAAUGCUUGUACCAUACAUAAAAUUCUUCCCUAUUACAUCACUUGCUCUUGUUAUGAGCUCAGUUAGUCUGACAGUUCCUUAUCAUGUAAGCAAAUCUUUGUUUAAACAAUAUAGAUUUAUAUUUAUUCAAGUAGAAGUUCAUAAAGAUGUAAAUAUCAAUAUGUUCUUCCUUAUUGGAGGUAUAUUAGGAUUAGUUACAGCUUUUACCUUUUGCUGGCAUUUUUUUGACAUCUACAAAAACAGAUUCUUUGUUGGCACUUCUGAGGAUAUCACAACUUCUGAGAAAUAGAGAGCUAUUCUCUAUAUAGUAACAGGGAUAGCAUUAGUUCCUGCAUUAUUUUACACUGGAAUUAAAGCUGAUAAAAAGCCUGCAUGGAGAAUGCUACUCAGGGAAUAUUUGUUUUUAGUGCUAUUCUUGCUUAUUUUUGGAAUUAGAUAAGGCUACUCAAAGCACCAAGAUUUUUUCAAGUUACUUGGCUUUGCUGGUUGCAUGUUUAUCAUCUUCAAUAUCUAUAUGACAUAAAUGAUAAUUCUAAGCAAAACUGUAAGAAGAGAAUGUAGAGGUGCAAUGUAUGGAAUAACAAGUGCAUGUGGUGCGAUUGGGGGUUUUUCUGGUUUAUCAUUAGGGAGAAUAUCUAGAGAGAUGAUUGGUAUUGAGUCUUUAUAUGCUCUAGAAAUUUUAUUUGCUUCGAUCAUCAUAAUUAGCAUAUAUAUGUCAAGAAUCUACGAAGACAAGAUCUUUGAAAGACCUCUCUAGUUUAAAAAGAAAAUAAUGAGGCUGACUAAUAUACUAUAAUAAAAUGAGCAACAGAAAAAGAUAUCUUUAGAGCUUUGA